AUUGGAUUACGCUGUGCGCAACUGAAACUUCUCUGCGACGUAUUAAUAGAUUACGGGUGAAUGUUGUGUCUCACAAUAAUGUUGGACUCUUUGAUUCCACGGUAGACUAAACGUUCAAAGUUCCGUCGUACUGAUUCAUAGGCUAACGUUAGUCUCCAACAUCUCGUGACAUUCCAAGUUAUUGUGAAUUUUCAUCCUGUCAUGUAGUCAUUUGGAAUUGACGCUAUGCCGCAGUCGAUUACUGUACAUUUUAGGUAGCCUAAACCUCGGAAAAAGAAGAAUUUGCUGUAGAACUGUGUACUCAAUAUAGCUAUAGGUCUUAGAAGUGGAUGAUUUGACGCAAGAUCAAUUAGGCUUAGGUUGCUUCAUGAGCAUAAUGAGAGAUUGGAGACAUAGAAAAUGACUUGUACCAAGUGGCAUGUCCUCAACAAAAGACGUCUUCGCGCAGUUUUUCUGUGCCCGAUGUUUCUGUGUGUGACAGCGGUGCUCUUCAUCUCAUACAAGUAUACAGUGUCAACUGGGUAUUUUACUGCAACUAAGAAGUGUGCUUUGGCCCCUGGUGAAACCUUACACCCAGGAGAUCAUAUAGAUAAUUCACUAAAUCUUUGGUACAGAUCGGAUGUUCAAACAUGCACAUCCUGGAGGGCUCCGAUAAUGUGGAAUGAGAUGUUUGAAAGAGAAAUCUAUGAUAACUACUACAAAGCCAAGGGCACUUCAGUAGCCUUAACGGUCUUUGCUGUUGGACGAUACUUGGAGAUCUACUUGAAAGAUUUUUUAACAUCAGCAGAAAAGUAUUUCAUGGUGGGCUUGCCCGUGGACUACUUUGUGUUCACCGAUGUCCCCUCCAAUGUUCCCGCCAUCCAGUUGGCACCAGGACGGACACUGCAGGUGAUCCGUGUCAAGAGGUAUGACCGCUGGCAGGACAUCUCCAUGAUGCGCAUGGAGACCAUCACAGAGGUGAUUGACAGCCUCAUCAGCAAGCGGAACCAGUAUGUGUUCUGCAUGGAUGUUGACCAGGUCUUCACUGGGCCAUUCGGCUCUGAGGCCCUUGGGGAUUCAGUGGCCUUGCUUCAUGCUUAUUUCUACAAGAGCUCUGUACCAGGGUUUACUUAUGACCGAAACCCCAAAUCUCAGGCAUACAUGGAUGGCGGGGACUACUAUUACCAUGCGGCUGUCUUUGGUGGCACAUGGCAAAGUGUGAGGAACGUCACAAAAACCUGUCACCAAGGAAUUAAGACGGAUAAGGUCAAUGGCGUUGAGGCUCUUUGGCAUGACGAGAGUCACUUGAAUAAGUACUUUUUGCUUCACAAGCCUAGCAAAGUGCUUUCCCCAGAAUACUGCUGGGCUACUGACAUUGGCUUCCCUUAUGAAAUCCAGGUCCAAAGAUUGAUCUGGGCUGAAAAAUACUAUAAGGCUCUCAGGGAUCAGAGAUAGACUUGGUGUUGAGACAUUUAGAAUUGUUCCGGUGUUUACAUAGAGCUAAGCAAGCUCAGGUUUUGGGAUGGGAAUUGAAACAUGAAUUGAAACAAAUCCUUUGAUUUGAUCCCUUGAUGUACAGUAUAAAACUUGUUGAGAAGACCUUAUUGUUCAUGUAUAUAAAAGGCCAGUGGUCUGUAAUAUAAUAAGCCACUAGGGAGAAAGGAGUAUGAUAGUGGUGGAAGCUGCCAGUUUUAUUUCGCUUUGUGAACUUUUAUUUAGCUUUUUAUUUAGUCCAUCAAGCUUGGAAGAGGAACAGUGUAUAGCUCUACACAAAAUUCACCUCAGAAAUAUAAAGAUUAUGCAGCUAGUGAUUGUGAGGACUUAAUUGUUUUAAUUGUGUGUUUUCAGUAUAAUCGAGCCUCCUGUCAGUAAAAGCAAAGACUUUUGGGGGGGGGGUUUUGUCCAAACCCUUUGCGUCGUGAAAAGGCUUUGUUGGUUAAAGCACAGUGUCUAAAACAUGCUAUGCAACGAUGAAUGACAAUAGACAGAUAGAUUAGAUAGGAAAGAUUGCUAUUUUAAAGGUACACAAUGCAGAUGUACUGUAGGUAUUUUUAGAGUUUCCUCUAACUUCUAGUGACUUAUCCCCCCUGCACACAAUGAAAAUGCUUUUGUUGUGAAGGAUUAACAACAGUCAAAAAUGAUCUCUAAAGGUAUUGUUUCACGAUUCGCACGAGAUUUGUUGGGCCGUUGUUCUUGAAGUUGCAUGGCUGGUUUUCUCGGUAGUAACUCGUAUAUGCUGUAGAGCUAUGCAAGUGUGUUCACCAUCAAAUUGGCUUCGUAAAGCUUAUUAAGGUGAAAAUCUUGCACAGUGCACAUUUAACAAAGGCAAUGCUAAUCUCUAACAUUAUGCAGUCAACUCUGCAAUUGAUAGGUGCAAUUCUGCUCCAUCUACUCUCUAGAUUUCUAGUUCAUUCAUGGCGGGUGUUCUAGAUACAGACCUCAAAUCAAAUGGCAGCUCUCUUAAUGCGUUUCCUUGUAUGCUGGGUAACUUCUGCUGCCAAAUGUCAGUGGAGAUCUUAAUAUGUAAUGUAGUUCUGCCUCCACAGAAGCUGAAUGGUGGUUUCUAGUAAGCAUCCUAAUGAGAACACUGGCGUGUGGCUUCCUACUUUGAGGAUAGGCCUAUACAGUAUGUCAUUCCCUGCCUGACUCAUAUUGCAGCUGUUAUGAUGUGCCUCAACCAAGCCAAGUAAAGCAACAAGCUUCAAGCACAUAAUACACUGCUCUGUCUGGCACUUGUUUUGUGUUUGUAAUUGUCUGUAUUUUUAAUUUCAUUUUGUGAGGCGACCUUAGGUGUCUUGAAAGGCGCUUUAUAAAUAAAAUGUAUUAUUAUUAUUAUUGUUAUUAUUAUUAUUAUUAUAAAUAUAGCACUGUCAUGGCAGUCUUCACUUAGUUCAGAAUCAUGUAAUUUACAUCAUUUAUCAUUUAGCAGACACUCAUACUGUAUCUUUACUGUGAACAACUCAGGGUUACGUACCUUGCAUAGGGACACAAUAGUGGCAGCCCUUGGGCUCAGUCACAGCCCUCUGGUGGUUCCUAACCAGUAAAUCAGACCAUCAGCACAAUCUUAACCACUGUUAUUGCAUGUGAGAAAGCAGAAAAAAGAUGUUGAUGUCAUUCACACACUGGAGUAAAGCCAGAGCACAGUAAAAACCCUUUACACAAAAUCCAUGAAGUAUAUGGCAGGGUUUGAAAGUUAUAAUGGAGAUAUCAAUAAUCUUCAAGAACUAAGCUCAGGAAUGUUUUGUAAAAUCUUGUUUCAUCUCAAUUAUUUACAAUGACUGGAAUGUAUGUAUGAAAUGCUCUGUAUUUUUUUCUGAUCAAUUGAUAAACAAAUUACACUUGACAGAUAUUUCCAUUUUUAAUAAAAUACUUUAA